UUCCAUCCAUCAACACGAGUCCAUUUGUGGGUAAGAUUCUGAGUAUCGAGUAUUUGAGAUAUGAUGUUCCGUAUGUCAUCUUUUUUAAUCACUCCCUCUCUCUCUCUCUUUUUUCAUCUAGAUCAAUGUUACUGCUUUGCUUUGAUAUUCGUUUGACCCAUAUCAAGAUUUUGUUAUUUUUUGUCUUGCAUCUCACUUUUACUUACCGUAACAACUUCGCAGGUUAGUGUUUUCAAUGGGCUAAGUGAUCAUCCAACCUACCGGCUCUCUACGCUUAUUAAAUUUUUACGUCUCCAUGGCAAACCGAUCAUCGCAACCUACCGGAAAGUUUCCUUCAGCACUAUUUCCGAUGAAAAUCAACAAACCUAGGAGAGACGAAACACAAGAGCUCAUUGUUGUUGCUUUGGGACCUCUGGCAAACAUCGCACUACUGACUGUUCAGCUUGAACCUGAGUUUUCAAAAAAUGUCAGACAGAUUGUUCUUCUUGGUGGACCAUUCACAGUAAACGGAAAGGUCUUUCAUGUAAUCAACCGGUUUUAUGGAUUACUCCAGGCGAUCACAAAGUUGGGUAGAGAAGCGAUUAGACAAAUAUUUGGCUACGAAAUUGGAGGCUCACACAGGCCAUUAAGAGCUUCUUCUCAUAUUAUAGUAUCUCAGCUAGAUUUGAUUACUAGCCAGAAAUUUGUGAGGAUUACAAAGAAAACGGAAAAUGGGAGUGAAUUUCGACCGGAGCCAAGUAUUGAUGAAUUAACUGCAGCGUGUCAGAUGUACAGAACAUGGUCUCGAGAUGAUCGACUGCGUUUAGGGUAUCUAGCCAUCUACGCUGGCUUCAUCGAAGCAGCAAGAACCUCGUCACCCACACGGGCUAGCCUGACUAGGUUAGUGAUGGAUCUAGAUGCUUUUGAAGAUUAUCCGUGGGGAAGGGUAGCCUUUAAAUUCUUGAUGGAGUCGGUGAAGGGUGUAGACUUGACAAAGACGUAUGCUAUUGAAGGCUUUGUUCAGGUUCUUCAAGUCUGGGUCUACUGUUGUCUCCCUGAAUUCGGAGCUGGGUUUGGUCACCCUAUAGAAGGUUCUCCGACCCCACCUCUACUUGCCUUCUUAGGUGGCAAAGGCAAGAGAAGGCUCCAGGAGAAUAUGCUGAAACAGACUAGGACUAAGAACUUUACUAUGAAGGAUUUCUCUGAAAUGUUCCCUCGAUGGGAUGUGGAGAUCCAUCCGAUGAAGACAGAAGCUGGUCAGAUGAUGCGAAGCUUGAAGACAGUGUCCCCUUCUCGCACACAGUCUGAUGCAGAAUCACGCAAGAAGGCUCGUGAGUCCCCUGGCCUGGAUGUGGAGACCAUGAAAGGAGAAAUAGUUCGUUGCCAAACUGGCCUGACUUCUAAUAUGGUUGAGGGGCUGAGCAGAUGCGAGAACACUCUGAAGACACAAUCCCGCAUGAUUGAGGGCCUUACAACUCAGGUGGGAGCUGUUGAGAAGAUGGUGCGUGAAGGUUGGAAGGAAGACCACACCAAAGUUGGUUCAUCUACUGAUGUACCUGAAGCAAACAAAUCUGAUGGAGACAAAGCUAAGAAGGACAGCGCUGAAGAAAGCAAAGGUGAUGAAAGCGAUGAAAGCAAAGGUGAGGAAAGCAAAGGUGAGGAAAGCAGAGCCGAGGAAAGCAGAGCCGAGGAAAGCAAAGCUGCGGAAACAGCUCCCAAAGGAAUGACAAAAAGAGCCAAAGCUAGAGACACCCAAGCCACUGUG